CCUACUUACAUUUAUCUGUGCGAAAACGUGAGUCGUACGCAGUGGUACGUUUCUCUACAUGUAUAUACGCACAAUUACAUAAGUACUGUGCUUUACGUGAUGUUGGCAGCGAAUUUGAUUGGCCGAAACUAACUAUAUACAGUUUCACCGAAGCCAACUUUGAUUGUGAACAAAUAAACGCUUGCGUAUAUAAACGCUCAGCUCAAUGCAAGAUUGGUUUUUGUUUCUGACGAAUGUACUUAAUAGUGUCUGAGCUGCCGAAAGCAUUUAUUUGCCGAAUUUCAAAUGAAUCAAACACGCAUUCCUCGAGAAACGAAAUUUGUGUCCCCGGCUGUGAACACUUCAGCUCCCCCGAAGUCCCUCGGACUUUCUGUUCCACUCAUCAAAAAACUUCUUCACGAAAAUGACCUCGAAACAAAACAAUGGAACCUUUAUCAGGUGUGUGAAACAAUCGUGAAGCCUGCCACUGCGUCCACGGGAUGUGCGUAUGUGGACCUAUAUGCCUCAGAGCGGGACGAGACCGGCCAACUUCUCGUAUCAGAAGCCACAUGUUUUGUUUCACACGCGUGGACAUACGAACACUCCGGCUUUCUGAAAACCCUCUUGAAAUAUUCUCAGUCUAAAUCAACCUCCGAAUAUUUCUACAUCGACUGUUAUGUCCACCCCCAGCAUGGCGGCACAGUCAGCCCCGAUUACCUGAAAAACGUGUUCGGCAAGCCGAUUCGCGACUCGGACCAUUUCGUGGCGGUCAUGUCUCCGUGGGACAACCCGGUACCACUCUCCAGAAUCUGGUGCAUCUACGAGUUUCACACUGCUAUAACUCACAAGAAGCCAUUCGAGGUCGUCUUCACGGCUGAAGAAGACGGGUCGUGGGCGGAAAACAUUACUGACACCGACUUCAUUGUCAGCAAAUACUCAGAAAUAGACAGCAAAAACGCAGAGGCUUCAGAACCAGAAGACAAGGCCAAUAUCCUGCAACUUAUCGAGAAAGAGGUGGGAACAAAAAAGUUGAACGCUGAAAUUAUGCAAAAAGUGCGAGAUCUGCUGGUGGACAAAUGCAUGGCAUACUUGGCUAAAGAACCGAGGUCGGCAGUCUUCGGAUUGGUGUGUAACUUUUCACCAUCGAAGACCCUGCUCGAGCAGAUUUUGGUGCAUAAACAGCGGGUUCUGGAUGAGGCCGGUGACGACGACGACGAUGCUCAUUUCGAUGUGGCCUGCGUGUGUCAACAGCUUGAGACGAGGAGUGACGCUCUGCAUCAUUACCAGCGGUAUGUAGAAAUACGGACAAGCAAGUUCGGUGAAAAACACGAGUUAUUGGCUUCCACUUACAACAACAUGGCAAACACGCACAGAGAUAUGGGCAAUCACAAAGAGGCUCUCCGUCUGUACACGCUGAGUCUUGACAUUCAACUAGAGACGCUGGGGGAGCGGCAUCCGAAUGUGGCCCACUCUUACAACAACAUGGCCAUCUCACACGAUGAUAUGGGCAAUCACAAAGAGGCUCUCCGUCUGUACAGGCUGAGUCUUGACAUCAAACUAGAGACACUCGGGGAGCGGCAUCCGGAUGUGGCCGACUCUUACAACAACAUGGCAAACACGCACAGAGAUAUGGGCAAUCACAAAGAGGCUCUCCGUCUGUACACGCUGAGUCUUGACAUUCAACUAGAGACGCUGGGGGAGCGGCAUCCGAGUGUGGCCAACUCUUACAACAACAUGGCCAUCUCACACGAUGAUAUGGGCAAUCACAAAGAGGCUCUCCGUCUGUACACGCUGAGUCUUAACAUCAGACUAGAGACGCUGGGGCAGCGGCAUCCGAAUGUGGCCACCUCUUACAGCAACAUGGGCAACACGCACGAUGAUAUGGGCAAUCACAAAGAGGCUCUCCGUCUGCACACGCUGAGUCUUGACAUCAGACUAGAGACACUGGGGGAGCGGCAUCCGGAUGUGGCCGCCUCUUACCACAACAUGGGUUGUCUUUAUGGAACCACUGGCGAGUUGCAUUUAGCCCUGGAUUGUUUCACUAAAGCAAUGAACAUAUGGACAGACACACUGCCCGACAAUCAUCCACAUCUGAAAAGUACACGUGCUGUGAUGGAGAUUGUCAAGAAUCGCUUGCAGACACAACAAACACAUGUGCUUCCAUCUUCUCCGACGGGAAAUGAGGAGACUGCUCAAUCGACCGUUGUUGGAGCUGUUGGACAUUCGGAUGAAUCUGUCUCGGCCACCAGAACACGGCAGUCUUCUAGUUUUUGCAGAAUUCUUUGACCAUUUCUCAACCAAUCGAGACACGCCUUCCCAUAACCCAUAUUGGGAAACAACAGCGGUCUCUUGCUGACAUUUUCAUGAUCUCGCAAAGCCUUAACUCAUUAUUGCCUAGCAAAUAACAUAUUCUCCUGCUCACUUGUAAAUUUGUUCUAUUUAGUACUUGUACAGUAUUUUGUAUAUAAAGAGUUGAAUUAGUUUCUGCUACAUUUGUCUUUUUGUCUGUUUUUGGGAGGA